AUGCCACGAGAACAAGUCGAGUGGUAUGCGGAACGAUCAUUGCAAAAUGGUGAUGAACAAUUACAUGGACGACAACAUUGUACUUAUUAUUCAAUUGUUAAUGUCAACAAAUCGAAUUAUCCAUAUUCAAGUUCAUUUGAACAUGAACAAACAUGGACAUUAACACGAACAAUGUCGCAUUAUAGUAAACGAUAUCAAUCAUCGAUUGAAAAUAUUCAUUUAACAGCUCCAUGCACUACAAGUGUACCGAAAGCAACAACGAACACAAAAAUGAAUCAUCAUGAUUAUGAUUUCGACAACAUUCAAGUUGAACAAUCACUUGCACUUCUGCCACCAUGUCCAUCAACUCGACAACAUGGCUUGCCGCCACCUUAUCCACAUCGUUCGCUCGCCGAACCGAAGAUACAGAACAAAGCAAAUACGAAAACGAAUUCUAUUAUAGAAAAUCCACCGUCGACAACGAAUCUGAUGCGUAUUAUGCGUAUCAAUGGAGAUUUUAUCGUACGAAUUUAA